AUAUCGUUGAUGCCCUUGUCGUUCCCUCGACCGGCUUGACCAUGGCGACCUCCACCUUCACGACGUCUCGACGGCGCCACUGCUCGGUGAGAUAUACUCAGGUUCUGCAGUUCUUCAAUCCACAAUAAGAUAUACUCCAUGUUCGUCGGAUUGAAAUCCAGGCGCGAAUCGAUAGAUUGCAGGAUUCGGAAUUAGGGGGAAGAAAAGUAGAGGAUCAGAGUAGCAGUAGAUCGAAGUAAGGUAACCGCCGGUUUCGCCGAUGAGCGCGGCGGAGAAGAGCCCCAACGGGGGGGAGGAGGCGAACCCGCGAGCGGAGGCAUUCCUGGAGAUCCUCGGCCGCGUCCCGGCCGGGGAGGUUGAGGCGGCGCUGUCGUCCUGCGGCAUCGGCCCGACGGCGGAGGUUGCGGAGCAGGUGCUCAAGUCCCGCGUCUGCUACUCCCGCCCCAAGUCUGCCGUCCGCUUCUUCCGCUGGGCGGCGCGGUCCGUGGUGCACAGCGCCUACGCGUGGAACCUCCUCGUCGACAUCCUCGGCAAGGCCGCAAUGUUCGAGCCCAUGUGGGACGCCAUCCGCUCCAUGAAGCAGGAGGGCGGCGGCGAGCUCGUCUCCGUCGCCACCUUCGCCUCCGUCUUCUCCUCGUACUGCGCCCGCGGGAACCUCAAGGAGGCCGCCGCGGCCUUCGACGUCAUGGGCCGCUACGGCCUGAAGCCCAACGCCGUCGCCCUCAACUCCCUCCUCUCCGCCAUGUGCCGCGUCGAAGGCUGCGCGCAGGCCGCGCAGGACAUGUUCGAGCGUACCAAGGCCGUAGUCGCGCCCGACGCCGACACCUUCGCGAUACUGCUCGAGGCGUGGGAGAAGGAGGGGAACGCGCAGCGCGCUAAGAGCACCUUCGGCGAGAUGGUCAUCCGCGUCGGCUGGGACGCUGGCAACGUGCCCGCAUACGACGCCUUCCUCUCCACGCUUGUACGCGGCGGCCAGUUCGACGAGGCGCUCAAGUUCCUGCAGGUGAUGCGGACCAAGGGCUGCUUCCCGGGGAUCAAGUUUUUCGCCAACGCUGUCGAUCUUGUCAUCUGCAAGGGUGACUACACCAGCGCCAUAUCCAUCUGGCAGAUGAUGGUGUCUGAAGCUGGUCUCGUUCCCAAUUUCUCGAUGUACAACGCCAUGAUUGGCCUCUGCUGCAAUGUUGGUAACAUCGACUAUGCGCUUGACAUGCUAGAUGAAAUGCCCCUCAAUGGCGUCUUUGCAAAUUCUGUCACGUACAAUGCCAUACUGGAGGGGUUCAUCAAGCAUCACAAGGCUCGUGAGGCUGAAAGUUUCCUCACGGAGAUGAGCAAGAACGAGCAACUGCCUACUGCAUCCAACUGCGCCGCUGCUAUCAGCUUGUUCUCAAAGGAGUUUAACCCAUCCGCAGCGAUCAACGUGUGGCGCUGCGUUGUGGAGCACCACAUCACCCCUGCUGAGGACUCUGCUAGAGAGCUAAUAGCAGGUCUGCUUGACUUUGGCAGGUUAACUGAGGUGAAGAAGCGUGCUGAUGAGAUGAUUGACAUGGGAAUUGAGUUGCCGCAGUCCACCAUUGAGAAUAUGAAGCACACAUUUGCUAAGGCUGGCAGUCACAAAUCGUAUGACCACAUUGCAAGAAGGUUGAAGCGACGUUAGCCACACAUGAAUGGUGUAAUCAGCUGACGGUGUAGAAAAGAAAACAAGAAUGCCUUUUCAGCCUACAACAAAGGAAAGGACUGGGUUGAAGGAGUGAUAUCGGAUUUUCUUUACUAUCCGGAAUAAAAAACUAUUAUACAUCUGUUUAUGGGUGCGCGCAUGAUAGGAAUUGCUCUAUGCUUGUACUUGUUAAGGGUCUAAUAGUCAAGGGUAUUAUGGUAAUCUCCUACUCUAGGGUUUCUCUUGUGUAUUCGGCCAGCGGAGGUGGGGCCGGGGCAAGUGGACCCGACAGGCGGGCGGUACGGGUCGGCGGCGCGUGGCAGCCGAUGAUGCGAAGGCUAGGUGAGUGCGGCACAAACCAACGGAGGACUGUUGGCGAUUGGUGCGCGACGCGAGACAACGUAGUCGUACUGUAGAUGAACAGUUGCCAGGAGGGAGGGAGGCAUGAAACUUGCAACACGCAAGGAGACGGCUAGAGAAGAGAAGUCUUAACCCUAAUUAUGGCUCUGAUACUAUAGUAGGAAUAACAAUUUGUAAUCAAUGGUAGCCCAUGAAGACAAUAUAUAUAGUAGAUGAAGGAGGACAUGAUAAGAACUCUAUAUUCCUAUCAGUACUUACCUAUGUCUCCUAGGCACCCGCAGACCCUCUAGUGCAUAUAAAACCCUUGUGUCAUCUAGCCUCUUGGUCCGUUCCAUCAUGAAUAAUAUUAUGCUGCACUAGUGAUAUGUCAUACGAUCUGUUAUGGAGUUUAGUUAUGUGGUAUGCUGGAAGGUCAGGCUUAUGAUACAUCUAAGGAAGUGGAACUUUGAACGCUUAAAUCCCAGAAAUACAUCCUGAAGACUAGCUUCUUCAUUUUCUUAUUCAUAUUUUGGCCUCUCUACUGCUUAUGCCAUGCAUUUGUUGGCCCCAAUAAACUUUUUAGAAUCUCCCUUAAAAAAAUUCUUUUUUAGAAAUGAGCACAGUCCGGUGUAUGAUCACUUCCAUGAGGGUUAGGGUUGCAUGUGUUACAAUACCACAAUCAGUCCAUCACUGCAUCGUUUAAAGGACAUAAGGAGUUGUUUAGUAUUUCGUUUUGACAAUUUGUGGACCAUUAAAGUUUGCAAAGUUGUCACUAAGAGUACUAAGGUACUCUUAUCAUAGUGCAGACACCAUUUUUUUACAUUUUCCUUCAUCGGAAAAUAUAUUGGUAUGGACUUAUUACAUCAUUUAGGGUUUGUUUGGUUCAUUGCUUGAGGUUGAAGGAGUAUCAUUGGCUUUUCUUUGCUAUCCGUUGUCAAGAACCCUUAUACCUCUGUUUAUGGGUGCAUGAUAGGAUUUUCUCUAUGCUUGUACUUGUACUUAAGUAUGUCUGCUUUAUUAUGAGACACCCGCUGGUGCAUAGAAAACCAUUGUGCCAUCUGGUCUGAUGGUUUUUGCCCGCAUGAAUGCAAUAUCUAGGCUGCUACCAAUGAUCUGGCAUAUGAUCAACUGUGGAGUUUAGUUAUUUGCGUGCUGAAUGGUCUUGCUUAUGAUAUCUAAGGAAGUGCAAUAGUGGAUCCUAGAAUAUAUCCUGAGGAUUAGCUUCGUCAUUCUCCUUUUCAAAAUAUAUGCUUUGACCUCUCUCUACUGCUGAUGCCAUGCUUUUCUUGAUGCCAAUACUUUUUUUGAAAUCUACCUUAAAAACUAUCAUUUUUAAGAAAUGAGCACAGCUCAAAGUAGGAUCACUUCCAAGAUGAGUUAGGGCACCAUAAUCAGUGCAGCAUUGCUUAAAGUACAUAAGGAGUUCUUUAAAUUUCCCGUUGACAAUUAUUUUGCUGUUUAUUGUAUGGUCUUGCUUUUGUUACUGACCAAUGUAGUUGGUUGAAUGUGGGAUUUUGGAGGCAAGGGGCAUUCAAUGUGAGUUGCUCCUUUUCAGUUCUAUUACUUCUGCUAUUCUGCAUUUUGUUUGAUUGAAAUUAUGUUGAAUUUUAAUGUCAAGUUGUAACGAAUGGAACCUUUGCUACCAUCCAACUUUGUCUUAAUUUUCCUAAGUAAAUGGAGAAUUUUUCCAAACCUUCAUUGAAACCAACUUUUUUUUAUUAUGCAUUUCCCUUUAACUAUUACAUUUUGUGAUUCAUUU